GCGGUAACCAGCGUGAACUGGCCCGUCAGAAGCACAUGAAGAAGCAGACUGACUCGGGCAAGGGGAAGCGGCGCGAUGACGGCCUGUCGGCGGCUGCCCGGAAGCAGAGAGACUCUGAGAUAAUGCAGCAGAAGCAGAAACAGGCCAGUGAGAAGAAGGAGCAACCGAAAUAACGUGUGGGGAACUUGGUCUGACCCAGGAGAAGUGAGGCAGCAUCCUGCCCUUCACCUUUGCGCUUGCCCUGCCCGCCUCUCCAGCCCACCACAGCCUUCUGGCCCUCUUGCUGGUAGAAUGCAAAGCGUGUAGCCCCGCUGGGAUUGUCCGCACCUGAUGUAUGUUCUCCCCACUCUCUACAAUGUGCAGCCAGUGUUGGCCCAGAGGGGCUGGCCUGGGGCUGCAUAGCCAAGCAGCUGCAGGAGCCCCUCGCCCUUCUUAUUCACAUCGGACCCACUUUCAUGUAUUAAAGUAGCUUUUGGAUUCCUCA